AUGACGAUACACCUCCCAGAGUCGCAAGUCCAUAAGCCUUGGAGCGGGGAAAGUGUGAAAGAUAUCGCAACCACAACCAUACAAAAGUUACGGUAUCCCUCGAUAAAAGGGCUAUGUAGCGAGAUUGUUCGCAAGACCAAUGAAGAAUGGCAUAACAUAGAUUCUUAUGUCACCAAGUUACUGGAGAAUAAUCCAGGGUUAUCAGAAAAUGAUUGUUUCGCAGUCUGUUCAAAUCAGAUUUCGGAUUGGUCAAACAGUGUCUCUAAAUACGCCUCCACGUUACUUUCUAAAUGGAAGGGACUCGAAAAACAAAAAUGGCUUGAGCUCGCAAAAAAAGCCUUUCAGCAUAAACUUUACGAUGAGAAGAUUUCAUCUAACAACGCUUCCAGGUCAUCUGAUUUGGAGGAUGUAGAAAGUGUCCGACAACUCGUUCAGUCACACAGAACAAUUAGAGAACAAAAUUAUGAAAAAGUUAAAGGCUCAAUAGUAGAAAAGCUCUGUAAAAUAUUUCAAUCAGAAUAUUCUGAAGUCGAAUCGAAAAUAAUUUCAGAGACAAAGUUGACGAUAAUCAAACAACAGAUAAGGAUAGGUUCAUAUUCUUCAUACGAUAUGCAUUACUAG